AUGAAUAAAAUUGUUGUGAUUCUGCUUUUUAUUAUAUUGCUCUCGACACAGAAUAAUCAAAUAUAUGCACAAACACCGUAUAUGGUUAGCAUACCUCAAUCCUCGACAUGGUUAGUGUGUAGUGAACAAGCGACUGCUUAUAUAAGUUAUUCAGUGAAAGUAACAAGCGACGCAAAAGUUUCUACUACAUCAACGACCUCUUACGAUAAAAUACAUCCUUUCCCCAUAAUCUCACCCAAAAAUUACACGCAAACUGAAGUAGACGGAGUAAAAUUAUUAGUGGCAGAAGGCGGAAUACAAACUGUCGUGGCAGAACGAAGCGACAUAAAUAAUUAUUUCGAUGGACUAAGAUUUAAGCUCUUCAGAUCCCUUAGCUGUUAUCAUAAUUACAAAACAAUGGCCACGACAAUACUCUGUUCGCAUUCUGGUAAUAUAAAAAAUGGAGAGAAAGAUACGAAUGGAAUCGAUUUAUGCUUGGCCGUAACAAAUCCGAAUGAUAAACCAAUCUUCGCUAAAAUUCAUGUUGCUUUUAAACAACAAACUAAUUCGGACUCGGACGAUUCUUCUAAAGCUAUCUCGCAGGAAAUAUUAAAAAACGAAAAGUCAUCAUCUUCAACACCAAAGAAUAUAAAAGGAUUACCGAAUGAAGGAGCAACAACAGGUGAACACCAUGGAUCAAUAAUGGCAUUCUUUUUACUUUUACUUUUCGCCUUCACAAUAUAA